AUGAGUUCGAAAAUUGAAGUCAAGUGAGAAGAAAACAAAUAUUUUCCUUCGUGUAAUGAGAUUUUCCGAUUUUCUUCAAAAUGGAAUAGGAAUUGCAAUUUUUGUUUUUUCAGUACUAUCAUAAGGCCAACUUAUGAACUUGGGUCUGUUUAAUCGUAUGAACAUUAAAGAUUCUGCUUCAAAUAAAGGGAUGUAUUCAGAAUGGACUUCCUUAACUUUACUAAUACAAAACUACGGGGAAGAAAACAAAAGUGUUUUGGAGAAAUUCGGGUUGUUGACUAGUAAAGAAGUCACUUUGGCUAUAGUUAAGCAGCUUGUGUCUAAUCUUGGAAUAACCCAUUCACCAGAAGAAAGUCCAUUAGUUUCAGAUAAGGAGGUACAAUGGUGUAUGGAAGUAAUAUGUUUUGGUUUAUCUCUUCCUUUACUGGAACAUGAGAGUAUUAAAGAUUGUGUGAAUGUAUAUUGCGAAUGGCUCACAGCUUUAUUGCCUACCCCUAAAAUAUGUGUUCCAAAACCUAUUAUAGACGACCCAAAUAUCUACUGUCAGAAAAUUAUCUCCCAUUUCUACUAUUUAUUCAUUCCAAGAAAAGGAGAAGGCCUUGAUACAAUAAAUAGACAAGCAGUAUUAUGUCACAGAGUUCUCAGAACUUUGAAGCAGAUAGCUAAUGAUUCAAAAAUUUUGGAUAGAGAAACAUGGGAAUGCUUGUUGCUUUUCUUGAUAGCCAUAAAUGAUAACUUAUUAGCCUUACCAACUGUGAAAGAAGAUAUAGCUGAUCAAUUAUGCGAGAGGACACUCAGUGUUUUAUUUGAGGUUUGGUUGAUUGCUUGUGCACAUAGUUUUCCAUCACCGACCUUGUGGAAAACUCUGAGGGAAUGCUGCAUGAAUUGGAGGCAUCGUACUGCUCUUGUGGAGCAAUGGAAUCGAGUCAAUUUAGCAUUAACAUCGAAAAUUUUAGUUUUUAUGUAUGGGCCAACCUUUCCAGAAUUGAAACUAGGAGAUGACGAUAUAAUUUCCCAUCCUAUGAAUAACGAUUGCAUAGCACAGAGUUGGUACAGAUUCCUCAAUAUCAUUGGAAAUCCAGUUUGUUUAACAAAGCCAGAGGUCAUAAGUCAAACUCAGAAAUUUCUACAUUUUGCCAUUAAUAAUACCGAUGUUAUGGAUCCCUGUCAACAUCCUUGCUUGGAAGUCUUGCCUCAGAUAUUUCUGAAGGCUAUCAAAGGUAUUGCAGGACAGGUUGAUGCCUUUUUGGGUAUAGCACAGCCGUCAUGGUGGGAUUUAGUUAUUUCGAGUGGCACCACUGAUAAAGUGAAGGAAUCUUCUCCUACUCCAACUUCUGUGCACUCUCCCACUCCUCCAACUCAGAGGAGACUGGCGAAAAGUUUCAGUGUUGCACCCUCUUCAGUGAACAAGGGUGCCCCGAAGACCUCUCUGAUCGGACUCACGACCAGCAGGACUUCGAUUCCGAAUGCGACCUCAGGCUCUUCUGGACCCUCAUCGUCAACCAGUCUCUCUUCAUUAACUUCCAUCAAUUUAGAACCCAAACCAACCUUAGCGCCUGCGAGGCCAAAAUGCAACAGUAUACUGCAUUUAUUUGGAGAAUGGUUGUUUGAUGCAGCUUACAUCGAUACGGACUGCCAUUCAAGACAAUUUAUGGAGUCCAACAAGAGGAUGAGCUCCGUCAUCAUAGACAAGAAGAGUUCGAUCAGCUUCUCGCAGUCCAGUUCUUUGAGCGACAUGCCGAGCUUACCGCCAGCGCUGAUGAUCGACAAAUUCGAGGGCGGAAAGGCCGAAGCAUUGGGUACCCUCUGCAGGAUAAUAUGCUCGAAGAAGACCGGAGAAGAGAUACUACCCAUGUAUCUGGCCCGAUUCUACAUGGCCGUCCAGGUAGGUUUGAAGGUACCGCCGAACAGGGAAUGCACGGAGACCAUGGUGGCCAUACUGAUGAACUCUUCGGAUCUGUUCCGAUUGGACCUGGACGGCGUCAGGAUGCUGAUGCCCGUCUUCAUCUCCGCCCUGGAGAUCGUGCUGCCGGAGAAAGACCUCAAACUGAACGCCAGCAUCUCGAAGGUCGAAUUGAGGAGGGCCUGCAUUAACAUCCUGCUUUCCAUGUUGAUACUGCCGCUGCAUUUUCAGAAUGUGGCCAUCAAGGAUCUCAUUAAUACUGGUUUCGACAAGCCGGUCGCUUUCAUCCAAUUGAAAUUGCGUCUGAUGAACCUGCUGAUGAACGCCCUACAAAUAGAGACGGACGCUCAGAACACGCACAUGCUGCUGGGAGGCCUAUUCCUUUCCGUUUUGGAUUCCGCGACGUACGAGAGGGUCGAACAGUUCACUCAACCCCCCGCGGAAGCCGGUUCGAACCUGCUGAGUUCGGCAUCAGAUACAGCAAGUACCGCCAGCAUGGCUAGCAGUUUCGACCAUACGACCCCCUCCCUGGAAACAAUUGAACCGGUCGAACCGUAUGAGUUCCAUCAUCAGCUUUCCAUAGAUUCAGCUCAUGCACUUUUCGUGAGGGCCACAUACUUGGUUUGCCAUAGAUUGAUAUCGUCUUGGAAAACGGAUCUGAACAUAUCAUUGGCUGCAUUAGAACUACUCUCCGGCCUGGCCAGAAUUCACAUCAAGGAAUCAGAUGCCAUGGAAUGCAAAAGGGCCGUAAAAUGGCUUUGCGACUACAUCAUUCACCAGUGUUCAAGGCCACCACCGGGGCAUUCAAAAGACUUACAUUCCACCAUCGUGGCGGCGUUUCAUUGCUGCUCCGUCUGGCUUCUUCAACAUCCGUAUCUACUUCGCGAUAAGGACUGCCUUCAGACUGUACUAGAAGUUGUCGAGUUGGGCGUAUCGGGCACCAAAUCCAUCGGAAAACCAUCCGAGAACAUCAAAAUGAAGGAAGAUAAAGAACUGAAACCUGUCUCUAUAAGGGUGAGGGAUGCGGCGGAGAAUCUUCUAACUUGUAUCUUGGAAGACGUUGGUUACUUUCCCAACGAAUGCGGGCCAGAAUCUACUUCGUCCCUUCUGGACGAAGUAACGCUAUUGCAAUAUUGCAAUCCGUCCAUUCUGAACAAGUCCGAGAAGAAAGCCGCGGUGCAGCAUUUCAGAUAUUUCGUGAGCGAGGGAGGUGUGAUGUUAGCUCUACUGGAAGAUCCUCUUGGUAAUGAUCAGGAUCCACAGCCAACUGUCACCCUUCUGAUUAGGGGACCUUUCGGGAGACACGCGUGGACUAUGCAGUUGAGACAUCUGCCUAGACAUAAGUCGAGCAUGAAGUAUCACGCUCCGAAUCCCUGUAGGCCGGUUGCGAUGCAAGAUGGACCGGCGCGACCAACGCUGAAGCAGAAAUAUUUCCCAGACAGUGUGGAUAGGGUACAGCAUUGCAAGGUAGACCUCUCCAUACCAUCUUUGGAGUCUGUUCUAGCCAAGGAUGCAUCGAUCAGCGAAGACGCGGAAAAGCUGAAGCAAUACCUUGGUAAACAGUCGUCGACUGAAUCGAAUCUCGGUUCUAACUGCGUUUUCCAAGAAUGCAUGCCACCGCCCGUGUGUCACGAUUAUCAGACGGCUCGUCUGUUUUUGUCACAUUUCGGUUUGUUAGAAUUGGAUAUUGAUGAGGAGGACGAUGCUAAAACUGGCAUCUUGGAGCUGGACAGCAGUCUGGGGGAUUUCUCGAAAGAUCUAACCCUGCUUGACGAUCUGAGCCCAAGGACAUGCGACACUGUGCACAUAUUUUACGUUAAAUCGCAACAGAAUAAGGCGGAGGAUAUAGUCGGGAAUAUGAGGAACCAGACGUCGCUUUCUCCAUAUUACAUCGAAUUCUUGCACACGUUAGGAUGGGCUGUUGACAUCGGCAAGCAUCCUGGUUGGACUGGACAUAUAUCGACUAGUUGGAAAUUGCCUCACGCGACUGAGCAAAAACCGAACGAUAGAUCGACACAGGAAAUAUGCUACGACGGCACUGAACGCGUGCUGUAUUGGGCAGAUGCCUGCUCGGAAAUCGCCUUCAUAGUGCCUUCCCAGUUGAAAGCGAAACAUUCAGGCGAACACCCUUCAUUUAACGCCAACAUUCUUUCCUGGUGCGAUGGCAAUCCAACUGAGGUUGCUGGUCGAGACAAGAGAGCCCUCAGUUUGGAUUUAGACAAGCAACCAAUGCCUCCAAAGAGAUCUUCUCAUAGAUCGAGUAUGUACACGCAUACGAAUUCGAAAAUUAUGGUUGUGUGGCUUGAAAAUUUCGAGGAUCAUUUGAAUUUGCCCAUAUCCGAUCUCCUCAACUGCAUGAACACCGGCCUGGAAAACAGCAAUUCCCAGAAAAACACCGAAGUGACCGCGAUCUUUCUCCAUGCCAUGGAAACCGGCUUGUUCAGGGUUCAUUUACAGGGACCCGCGGGUAAGGUGGGCCUGGCCUUGCCCCUGAUCAACGGCAUGGUGGUCAAUCGAAGAUGCUUGGGGCCUCUUGUCCGAUACACUUCUCUCAACAUGGCUAGACGGAGGAGGCUGGAUUCGGAAAAUUAUCAACCGCCACACGUUAGAAGGAGGGUUAAAAUUCAGGAGAUGGUACAGAAAUACAAAAGAAAUAUGAGUAGGCCGGAGCUUCUCACUAAUCUAUUCAGAGCCAUGUAAUUAAUUCGUAUUUUAUAAUAUGUAGCUUUAAGUGAAAAUCAUAGUA